AUAAUCUUGCUUGAUAUAUUAGCUUCGCGUCUCAGAGCGCACAGGGGCGCUGUGUUGCAAAUGCGAAAUCGGCGAUCGGGGCCUGGUCAUUUUCGUUUACGGUCUCUACCCUUGCAGCUCAACAAAAUAGCUUAGCCCGCACCCAGACGCAAAUGAUGAACAAUAUAUAAGCGGUGACGAGAGGAGCGCGCAGUGUCAACGAUGGAAAGCCACGACCACAGUUGCCAGUCGUGAGCCUAGGUCUAGCAACCAUGGCUGGCGCAGCAGCGCAACUGGUUCCUAGAACUGCAUUUUUAGAGCCACCCACCGUUAGUAGCGCCGCUGCUCCAGCUCGCGCCUUCCCUCCCAUCAAUUUCAUCUAUGGGCAUUUUCACAACUCGAUUCGAGCGGAGCUUGGGCUCCUGGCGGAGCGGGUGCGCUCGCUGGAGGCGCCAGGAGAGGGCGUUGGCGAAAUGCUCGCGGACCUGAGGGAGCGCUACAAAUUCCUGGAGCAGGUUUAUAAGUACCACAGCACGGUGGAGGAUGAGGUUCUCUACCCGGUGCUGGACUCCAAAGUGCGCAACGUCACGCUCGCAUAUAGCAUCGAACACCAGGAUGAGGAGAUUUUGUUCGAGCAGCUCAGCAAGCUCAUCUCCGCGGCGCUUGAGGAGCCUGAGGCAAGGCGCAAAUGCACUAUCAGGACGCUCAUCUGCAAGGUUGAAGAGAUCCACACCACGCUACGCAAGCACCUCGCCAAGGAGGAGGAGCAGCUGCUGCCGCUGCUGCUGCAGCACUUCAGCUUUGCGGAGCAGGCGGAGCUGGUGGCGCAGUUCCUGUACAGCAUCCCGCUGGAGACGGUGGAGCGCGUGCUGUCGCGACUCAAGCCGCGCAUACCGCGGGACGAGCAGGAGCGGCUCCUGGAGGAGAUCCAGGCCGUUAUCCCCGACAACCUGCUGUCGCAGCUGCUCACCACCUGGCUGCAGCCGGAGCAGCAGCAGGCGCUGCGCAUGGAGCGGGAGGGGCUGAGGGAGGCGCCGGCGGAGGCAGCAGAGCCGCAGUCGCGGCAGUCGCGGCAGCAAGGCCUGGGCGCGGGCGAGGGCGCGGGCGUGGGUGCGGGAGAGGAUGCCGGCGAGGAUGCGGGCGGCUGGAAGCUGCAGCGGUUCGGGCUGGGCGGCGGCGGCGCGGGCUUCACGUGCUGCGGCAACCCCGCCGCCUGCACCUACAGCGGGUCGGGGGUGACGGCAGCGGGCGCAGAGGCCGGCGCGGAGGCGACGGGGACGGGGGCGGGGGCGGGGCUGGCGGCGGCUCAGCGGGCGGACUCGGACCCCGCGGAGCUGUCGCUGCCGGCGGCGUCCUCGCCCGUGUGCUGCGCCGGCGCCGACUGCGGCACAGCCUGCUGCGACCGCACCGCCGCCGGAGGCGCCGCCGCCACGCCCGCCGCCGCGCCCGCCGCGCCCGCCGCGCCCGCCGCGCCCGGCCCGGCCUUGGAGGAGGCCGUGGCGGCGGCAGCCGCCACCGCCACCGCCGGCGGCGCAGCCGCCGCCGGCGCAGCCGGCGGCGAAGCCGCGGCAGGUGCGUCGGCGGCUGCGGCACGUGCUCCGCUGCAGGACAUCAUCCACUUCCACCGGAGCAUCUGCGCCUCGCUGGUGGACUUUGCGCGGGAGGCUCGCUCGCUGCAGGCGGGCCGCGAGCCCAUCACCGCCGGCCACCUGCAGUCGCUGCUCGAGCGGCACCGCUUCCUGCGGGCCGUGUACGUGUUCCACUCCAUCAGCGAGGAGGAGGUGCUGUUCCCGGAGGUGCAGCGGCUGGCGGCGGCCAACGUGCAGCUGGCGGGCGGCGCGGCGGCGGCGCACCAGCAGCAGUGCGAGAAGGACCACGCCGCCGAGCUGUCCAGCUUCGAAGACCUGGGCAGGCUGCUGGCGGACGUGCGGGCCUUCGCGCGGCGGGGGCGCAAGGAGGUGGCGGGCAUGCUGGAGAAGCUGUGCUGCAGCGUGGAGGCCGUGGCGGCCUCCAUCGAGCACCACAUGCAGCGCGAGGAGGCGGACGUGUUCCCGCUGUUGGAGGCGCACCUGUGCCAGGCGCAGCAGCGGGCGCUGCUGUACCGCACCAUACGCGCCAUGCCGCUGAGGCUGCUGGAGCGCGUCAUGCCCUGGGUCGUCAGCCGGCUGGACGCCUCCGCCGCUGCGGCGCUGCUUGCCAACAUCGCGCUGGGCGCCCCGCGCUCCGACCAGGCGCUGGUGGAGCUGCUCAGCAGGUGGGCACGGCGCGGCUGCCGAGACCGCCGCCACCUCACGCCCCCCUCCCGCGGCCUCUCGCCGCCGGGGCUGCUGCCGCCGGGGCCGCCGGGGCCGCCGGGGCCGCUGAGCGGCGGCGGCGGCGGCGGCUUUGCGCGCGCCAGUGACGGAAAUGACGUGUGGCUGGGCGGUGGCGGUGGCGGCGCCGGCGGCAGCCCGGCGUCGGAUUCGGCGAUGCUGGUGGGCGGCGAGGCGCAGCUGGGGCAGCUGGGGCAGCAAGGGCAGCUGGGGCAGCAAGGGCAGCUGGGGCAGCAAUGGCAACAACAGGGGCAGCAGCUGGAGACGGCGGGCUCGGUGGGGUUGCGAGCCGACAGCGGCGACGCGCCGGAAUCGGCUGGGGGGCCGGGCAUGGGCAUGGGCGCGGUCGCGGCCGGCGGAGGUGGCGCGGGAGGUGCGGCCUGGGGCACGGCGGGGCCGCCGCAGGCGGGCGGGUGUCACGUGGAGGUGGAGGGUCUGGCGGACGGCUGGGGCGAUUGCACCGCCACAUGCGGCGCACGGCUGCUGCGGGAGGCUGGCGUGGGUUGCGCCGCCGCCGCCGCAGCCGCAGCCGGCGGCGCCGCCGGGGCGGCGGCGGGCGUGGCGCCGGGGCACGGGCACGUGCAGGUGGGCUACGUGACGACGGCGAUCGCCGAGGACGGCGCGGACUCCAAGCGUCGGCGGAUAUCCGGCGAGGCUGCCGCCGCCGGCACGCAGCCCACCAUGGGCGUAUCGCGAGGCGGAAGCGGCGGCGGCGGCGGAGGUGCAGGUGCAGGAGGAGGAGGCAGCGGAGGCGGCGCCAGCAUGGAUGCUGUCAGUGACGCCGCCGCCGCCGCCGCCGCCGCCGCCGCCGGCGGCUGCCUGUACGUCAUGGACCUGGACGCCGGCGAGUUGAGUACGGCGCCGCGGGCGCUGCUGGCGGCGCAGGCGGCGGGCGCCGCCGCCGCCGAUGCCAUGGAGCUGGAGCGCAAGGCCUCGGGCCGGCGGGCCUCGGGCACUGGGUACAGCGGCGGCGGCGCCGCCGCCGCCGCCUCCGGCGGCGGCGCGGAGCUCCUGCCGCCUACGGCGGACAGCGCCGGCGGCGCAGCCGCCGGCGGCGUCGACGGCGCCGCGGCGGCGGAGCUGGGCGGCCCGGGCGGCGGCUUCAACCCCAUUGACCACAUCUUCCAGUUCCACAAGGCGCUGCGGCAGGAGCUGAAGCAGCUGGAGGCGGACGUGAUGGCGCUGGAGGGCGCGGUGCAGUCCGUGCUGCGCCACAUGCCCGCCUCCGCCUCGCAGCACAACCUAGCCGGGCUGAUGGGGCCCGGGGCUGCGGGGGCAGUAGGGGCUACAGGCGGGGCUGCAGGAGGAGGGGCAGGAGGCGCGAGGCCCGCCACACCGACAUCGGUGGGCACGCCGGCCAGGGGCCCGCGCGCCGCCAUGCCCGGCUCCGACGGCCUACAGCAUAACCAGCAGCAGCCGGGACAGCAGCCGGGGCAGCAGCAGCAGGGGCAGCAGCAGCAGCAGGGGCAGCAGCAGCAGCCGGGGCCGCACGCGCACCUGGGCGUGGGCUGGCCGGCUGCGGACGGCAGCGGCGCCGCCUACACGCGCGGCGGGCAGCUGGCGGUGGUGCAGCACCUGCACGGCCGCUUCCAGUUCCUGCAGGGCAUCUAUCGCGCGCACAGCAAGAGUGAGGACGAGAUCGUGUUCCCGGCGCUCGAGUCCAAGCAGGCGCUGCGCAACGUGAGCCACGCCUACACGCUGGACCACCGUCAGGAGGAGCAGCUGUUCGCGGACCUGGAGGCCGUCAUCGACAACCUGAGGGCCGUGGACCUCACGGCGCAGGGCGCGGACGCAGAGCUGUCGCGCCAGGUGAUGGCGGUGCGGCGCAUGUGUGCUGCCAUCCGCGCCUCGCUUGAGACGCACAUCCGCAGCGAGGAGUCGGAGCUGUGGCCGCUGUUCACGGAGCACUUCAGCCGCGAGGAGCAGCAGUACCUGGUGGGCGUCAUCAUCGGCCGCACAGGGGCCCAGGUGCUGCAGGCGCUGCUGCCCUGGGUGUCAGAGACGUUCAGCGAGGAGGAGCGCGAGGCCAUGAUGGACUCGCUGCGUGAGGCCACGCGCAACACCAUGUUUGACCAGUGGCUGGAGGCGGUGCAGGCGGGAGCAGUGGGGCCGCCGGGGACCGCGCCGGGGGCCGCGGCGGCGGCGGCAGCAGCAGCGGCGGCGGCGGGGCCGGCAGCAGUGGGCGACGAGUACGGCACAUCCCAGCACCAGUACCAGGGGUACCCGGGGCAAGGGCAGCAGCAUCAGCAGGGCCAGCAGCAGCAGCAUCAGGGGCCGCUGCCGCGGCUGAGCCACUCGCAGCAGCAGCCGCUUCAGCACGUGGCCGAGUACCUGGCGGGGGCGGGCGCAGGGGCGGGCGCGGGGGCGGGGGCAGAGGCUCCGGGGUCAAGCGCCGGCCCGACCGCAGGAACGGGAACGGGAGCGGGGACAGCGCCAGCGGCGCCGCGCUCAAUCGCAGCCGCGGCAGCGUCAGCCGCAGCCGCACCAACCUCACCGACUGCGCCCGCGACGCGGCCGUCCUGUGCCACGCCGCCGCUGCCGCCGCACACGCCCUCCGCCGGCGCCGCAGGCGCGGGCGCAGGCGCCUCCGCCUCUGCGUCGGGCUCCUCGUUCCGUCCUGGCUGGGAGGACAUCUUCCGCAUGAACCAGCAGCAGCUGGAGGCGGCCAUACACCGCGUGUCCAACGACCCCACACUGGAGCCGGAGCGCAAGGCCUACCUCAUGCAGAACAUCAUGGUGUCCAAGUACAUCGUCGCGCAGCAGCGCCGCAUGUGCGAGUCCCACGGCAGCAGCAGCAGCAGCAGCGCCGCCGCAGGCGGCUGUAGCAGCAGCAGCAGCACCUUCGGCGCCGGCGCGGUUGCCGGCAGUAGCAGCAGCAUCAUGAGCAGCGGCGCCGCCGGCGCCACGUGCGGUCACGGCACGCCUGCGGCGCCGGAGGCCGCCGCCGCCGCCGCCGCCGCCGCCGCCGCGACUGUCUCGCCUGCUGCAGCCACUGCUACAGCCGCCGCUGCUGCAGCCACUGCUACAGCCGCCGCUGGUGCUACUGCCGCUCGGCAGCUGCACCAGACGUGGCACGACGCGGCGGGCGGGGUGCUGGGCUGCGGCCACUACCAGCGCAAGUGUCAACUGGUGGCGCCCUGCUGCGGCGGCGUGUACACCUGCAGGCUGUGCCACGACGAGGCAGCUGACCACCGCAUGGACCGCUACGCCGUCAGCGAGAUGCGCUGCAUGUCCUGCGGCGAGCGGCAGCCCGUGGCGGCCGCCUGCCGCGCCUGCGCCGCCAACAUGGCGCGCUACUACUGCAACAUCUGCCACCUCUUCGAUGACGAGCCCGGCAAGGACAUCUACCACUGCCCCUUCUGCAACGUGUGCAGGCGCGGCCGCGGUCUGGGCGUGGACUUCUUCCACUGCAUGAACUGCAACGCCUGCAUGAGCUUGUCGCUGUUCAGCAGCCACAAGUGCCGCGAGAAGUGCAUCGAGGGCAACUGCCCCGUGUGCCAUGAGGCGCUGUUUGACAGCAGCCAGCCCAUCAAGGAGCUGCCGUGCGGGCACUUCAUGCACAGCACCUGCUUCUCCACCUACACCCGCUACAACUACACCUGCCCGCUGUGCUGCAAGUCCGUGGGUGACAUGUCCGUCUACUUCCAGAUGCUUGACUCGCUGCUGGCGGCGGAGCGGCUGCCGCCCGAGUACUCGGGACGCAUGCAGCAGGUGCUGUGCAACGACUGCGGCAAAAUGGGCUUCGCGCCCUUCCACUUCGUGUACCACUCCUGCCCGCACUGCCGCUCCUACAACACUCGCGUGCUGUGAGAGGAGGCGGCGGGAGGGGAUGGGGGCGAGCGGGCAGGGGCCCGCGGCCGGAGGGAAGUGCCCAGGCGCGGGCCACGCGUAUGGGUUAUGGGGUAUGGGGGGCCGUGUGUGUGCGGCGGGGCCAGGCGUCACGCCAGAAGGCUAGCCAGGCGUCACGCCAGCAGGCUAGCCAGGCGUCACGCCAGAAGGCUAGCCAGGCGUUACGCCAAACUAGCCAGGCCAGACGUCACGCCAAGUUGCUAGCCAGGCGGACGUCGCCGUUGGGAGCUUGGAGUGGGAGGCCGCAGGCGAAAGCAGAGGAGGCGGGAGCGGCCGGCCGAGUCCACGCGCGGUGCGGCGGGGCUGUGGGAUAAACGGAGCUGGAGCGGAGUGAUGGGCACACGUUUUGACGCACCGUGCUCGCCAAAUGAGUGCGCACUGCUGCAAACUUCAACCGAGCGACGGGAUAACUGUGCGUGCUUGUUACGGCUGCUCUUUUGCGGCACAAGCAAUUUGCAGAGAGACCUGCCGAGUGUCAAUGACAGCUGUGACGCUCGGGAGAGCCGCGGCCCACAAGGUGAUUGUUUGGAACGGCGCAUGUGUCGGGGUCAACCCCACCGCGCCGACGGAGAGGAUGUCAUUUCAACUCAAAAACACUGACACGUAACGCGCAUCCGAUGUGCAUACCGUACUCGUGUUCCCCGGUUUGCCGAAGUAUUACUGAAGGUGGCUAGAUAGAGGUGUGUACAUGAGAUGAGCGCGUCUUUGCCAGCGCAGUGUGUGUUGUGCGGGUGUCAUCUAGAGGUCGAUGCCUCGCCCCGCUCAUAUUUGUGAAUGUGUGUGUUUGCGGACGAAUGCGGGUGAAAGGUUGGGUUUGCGUUGAAGGUGAGCCGAUAACAGGAUUUGUAACAGUUGUGGUGUGUUGUCUGCCAUGCAAGUGCGCAUGGGUGCGCGGGGCGCGUGUGUUUCUUGUUUGCGGGCACCUGGAUUGGAUGUGAGGUGACCUGUUUGAGUUCCUGGUUUACGUUUGCCUUCAAUGCGCCGUAUUGAGAGGGUGUCGGGACCCGAGAGAGAAAUCAGCUGCGUGUCUGUUACGGCACGGACACAGACGCCCAUCAUCUGUGUCGCAUCAUAAUGACUGCAGGCAUGAGUUGUUGCUGGCUCCUGCCGUCGCCCAGGACGCUGCCUGGUUGACGGGGGUCCGGGGCGUGGCAAUAAGUAGAAAAACGUGAUGAGCAGGCGUGAGUGCCCAGUGGCAAGAGAUUCAGCAACACAGGCUGAAGUAGCGGGCUUGAGAGCGUUUGGAGCCGCUUUUAAGAAUUCUGAGAAUAAGACGAAGUUGCUGAUAGAGUCGAGCUGAAUGAGCGUGUGCUAGUCGACGGACUCUGUUUCUCUUUUUUGCUCAUGCAAGGACGGCCGCGCUCUUGCUGAGUUUCGAGGGUCAGAAGGCUAGAGAUGCUCAAGUCAGGGAGGCCGUACGUUGGCAGCGUUUGAUCACAUACUUGCAUUUGCCGGGAUGAGGAGAGGGACGGAAAAGUAGGUGCGCUGCCGCCGCUGUGGCCGUCGCAGCUGGGGUUACCGGUAAUGGGCUUCACACGGGGUGAUGUGGAACGUGGGCAGGCGUAGCAAUGACUUGGCGCCGUACUGUGUAACUAACUGCGCCCCACGCUAGCGGACUGUCAGUGCCCAGACGACCUGGGUCCGCGUUCCCACACGCUUCGACGACACGAAGCAACAAUCUGUUUGGUCUACUCCUAGCAGGUCCGUGAUGUGCUCCUAGGUAGGACAGGCGGUAACCGGAACGGUGUAAGGGGGCUAACACUGAGCAGGCCGCAGGUCUGACAGCCGCUCUUCACAUCACGACCCCAGGCCGGACGGCGUGAUGACAGUGAUGGCAUGUGAUUUGCAAUCCGGAACCGCUCCCUCUCCUCCUCCAUCCACCAGCCCCGCCCCCACACCCAACACCACCGCGAUCAUGAGAGAUCAGGUGCAGCCAUGCUCUAAAGGCUAUAGAGGCUAAUGAGGUUGCAGUUGUAUGGUUUUG